AUGGUGGUUGUGGUGAUGGUUGGUUUGGUUGUUAACGGAGAUACAUCGAAGGUGUUUGCUACCCGAGAUGAUGUUCUACAUUGGGCUCGAUCUGUUACUUAUGAAAUUGGAUUUGUGGCGGUGAUUAUGAGGCCAGACACAAACACUGGUAUGAGAGGAAGAACUUCAUUUGUCUUAAUUGGAUGUGAAAGGAGUGGUCAGUAUAUGUCUAGGAAGAAAGAUUUUGUAAGAAGCGAUACUGACAGUAGGAAAUGUGAGUGUUCCUUUAAGCUUUGUGGGAAAUCAGUGGUUGGAGGCCAAGGAUGGAUGGUGAAGUUAAUAUGUGGGAGUCACAAUUAUGAAAUGGCAAAGUUAUUAGUUGGACAUCCAUACGCUGGUCGACUAAGGAUGAAGAGAUAA